AUGACUACUGCGAGACACGAACACGGUUUAGGACCGCCCCGACGACCCGCAACGUGGACGGAAGUGAACCCGGUCAGCAAGCGCCUUCGUCGACCGGUCCAAAAGUCAGUUGAAGACACUGGUUCCGUACUCGCAGCACUCCAACGCUACGAAGAACAACUGAGCAGUCACUAUGUGACCCUGCGAGCAGAAGCCGUUGACAAGCUGAGUGUGUUGUUCCGUUCGCUCGCGAGACGCGGCACGCGGAUCGGUUCGGUUCCGUACAGCUGGCUGAGACUUUUCGAAAGGCUCACUAUUCUAGCAACCGAGCCCACAAGAACGCACCUACGCAAGCAGGCCGGAGAGCUCGUGCUAAACAUGCUACAAUGUAGUGGUAGCGACCUUGACCUCUCACCUGUGUUGCCAAAUGUCGUACUGCGCCUUGCAAGCGCUGCUGCCCUUCCUGACCUGUGCUGUCGUUUGGAAAGUUUUCAGCUCCUGUGCCGAAUCCUGAACACGGCUCCAUCACGCUUGCGACCGACACUGGUCGAACUUUUAUGUGAACAGACCACGUUCGUGGCCUUGGUUCAAGCAUGGAUCCAUUUGAAUGGCGGCAGCCCAGAUUUUGUCCAAGACGAAGAAGCAACGACGAGGACUUGCGUUGCUAUGCAACAUCGGUCACAUCUGCAACAAGCGGAGAGUCUGGAGUCGUCGCUGGACGCGCUGGAACUUUUGAUAUCACUUGCGCACCGUUUCGGCGAGCGGUACACAGGUUGCCGUAUCGAAACAACACCGGAGUUGCCGGUGCUCCUGGACGAGUUCGCAUACAUGGAACAGAGACACGAGUCUUCGGGCUAUUUGGUAGCGAAGGGUGACGCGAGCAUGGACGAGGAUCCUGAUAGAGACGUCAUCGAGACGAAGCCGUUUCGGACGUGCGCCUUGCGACUUGAGCAGCUGUCGCCGGUCGCCCCGCUUGUUCUACUCUUCGUAGAUCAAGAGUCCAUGAACUCCUCUACAGUGCAAGCUGCUUCCACCGCUCAGUUAUUGCAAAACUUUUACUCGGAAGCGUUUCGGAUUCUCGUGAGCUUUGUGCUUGAGGAUCGCACAUGCGAUGGGCGGCUCUAUGAUCUACUUUGCCGGUGUGUGGACGGUUCCCAGCGUCUGAGACAGCACGCACCGUCAGCGUAUGAUGCUGCGAAUCCAGGUCCAUCGCGUUUUUCGCACUGGGCACACAACAUAUGGAAACACCAUCUGGAACCGCACUGGAGGAGCAAACCUCGCGACUCGCAGGCCGAUCGUGCGUUCGCACGGCUCUCCGUCAUCCUGGCAGAUGUGCUCUGUUGCCCUGCAAUGAUAUUGCCAGAAUUGGUUUCAGCUGCUGUGGAAGCCGGGGCGGCCUCGCACCUGCUGCACAUGUCGUGUCACCCGACACUGACAGAAACGGCAUGGCGUACGCAUUGGCGGCAACGGUGCGGGAGUGCCAUGGAAUCGCUCACGAAUGGCUCCUGGGUACCUGCCUCUUCGGACUGGUCCAUUUUUGAGCGCUUUGCUGACUACGAAUGCCUUCUAGCGACCAUCAAGUUCGCCUACCGGUGUAUCUUAGGCGCUCACGCAGCGGACAACGGCAAGCGAGAGCAGCGCCUUGCUGCCGAGUGCCUCCGCCAGGUCCGGCUAGUCCUCUGUAAGCAAAAUACGCUCAUGAUUUCGCACGAUCACUGCAAAUCCCUGAUGACUGCUCUAGCGCCAUUCAUCGCCGUACCAAGCCGCAACGUGCUCGUGCUUACCGAGCUCGCACCUGUUCUUCGGCAACAACUAGAGGCGCUUUUGGAACGUUUGCUUGUGCUUUCUGCCGGUAGUGUCCCAGUGCGGUUAGAGCGAGCACUAGCACGAUGCCAAAUGCACCGAAAAGCACUUGAGACCGGUUGUUGGCGGAGCGUGCACGCACUCAGCAACUCGAUGACGCUGGAGACACGCUUCCUGCUGCUGAUCGCGCUCAUGCGCAACGUUUCCCAGCCCGAGGUGAGGCGCGAUCCCAUCGAUUGCAUCGAAGGCGUCGAUGCAUGUCGUGUCACGGAUGCGUUGGCGCCAACGCUUCGCGAGGUAUACACGCAUCUGCGCCGCACUUGGACAGCACUCUCUUGUGCUGGUCCGUGGCUUGUCUUAGCUUGGGCGAAGCUGAUACGACAUCAAGUCGCCCGAAAUCGGGUGCAAGAGUCCCUCGUUCGAUUCAUGGAGCGUGAGGGCGCUCCGACCUCAAGCGUUGCAAGGGAGAAGGAUGCGUCUUCGAAUCAUGGUGCAGUGUCGAGUGCAGCGGGCCGGUAG